AUGAGGCAGGCUCUUGCGUCAAUCCAUCAUGUUUCCAGUCUUUCCCCCGCUGUGUGCGCUCGAAACGCCAUUCGCAGAUCAUUCACUACAACAUCGGCUGAACCGUCUCUGCGAACUGCUCUGUUCUUUCCCGGCCAUGGAGUCCAACGUGUUGGCAUGAUAACACCUUGGGUAGAAGCAUUCCCGAAAACCGCUCAACAUUUCCUAGACGAAAUGGAUACAAACUCACAGCCAUCAAUCAUGGCAACCUCGAUAUUGAUUCUACGAAUAUUAGAGCAAGAGUUUGGGUUCCAGACGGAGGACCGUGUUGAUGUAACUCUCGGACACAGCUUGGGGGAGUACGCUGCAUUAGUUGCUGGAAGGUAUCUGCAAUUCACACCCGCUCUCGCAAUGGUCCGCGAACGUGCAGAAGUUAUGGCGGAGUGUACUCGCAGGGCUCAACAGAAAUCUGGAGACAAUUAUGGAAUGGUUGCUUUGAUCUGUGAAGUAGAUCACCUAGAGGGCCUUAUUGCAGCUAUACACGAAUUUCUGGGGCCUGGGUCGGCUGGCUCCAGGGAUGACUCUAGUCAUGAAAUGGCGCCCAUAGGGCAAGUCCUCAUUGCGAAUGUCAACUCCAAGAAUCAGAUAGUCCUUAGCGGAAGUCUAGAAAGGAUCAAGAUGCUUCUUGUUCAACUUCGGCAAUUUGGUGGUCAUGAUCCACGCGCCGUGAGACUGAAGAGCGACAGUCCUUUUCAUAGCCCGAUUAUGGCCCCUGCUGCCCGAUAUAUGCGCACACGCCUAGAGACCACCGAAAUUACAUUCCCAGCUACAAUACCAUGUGUUUCUAAUAUCUCUGCGACCCCUUUCAAAUCAAAAGAAGAUCUCAAGGAUCUCCUAUCCAGGCAGUGCAUCGAAACAGUGAGAUGGUGGGAUAGCAUCAAAUAUCUGCACCAAGAACGAGGCGUCAAGCGAUGGUUAGGAAUCGGUCCAGGAAAGGUCGGUAGAAAUCUCGUAGGUAAAGAAGUUGGGCGCAUUUCUGCUAGAGGAGGUGGUGUUUGGGCUAUAUGUGACCCAAGAGAUGUUGAGGAUACCUUGAAGUCACUUGAGAAAUCCGAAACCGAGGCCCCUUGA